CCAAAUUUCCCACAGUGCAGUGCAAAAAUGACGGCGAGCAACAUGGCCACCACUGACAGCGCUCGGGAGAAAGGUCUCACAGAUUAUCGCAAAAAACUCCUAGAACACCGGGAGUUGGAGAGUCGGCUCAAGGAGAUGCGUGAGCAGCUGAAGGAGUUGACGAAGGAUUAUGAGAAAUCUGAGAACGACCUGAAGGCUCUGCAGAGUGUUGGACAGAUUGUCGGUGAAGUUCUGAAGCAGUUAACUGAGGAUAAGUUCAUUGUCAAGGCGACCAAUGGUCCUCGCUAUGUGGUGGGCUGCAGACGACAGGUUGACAAGGCCAGGCUGAAGGCUGGUACCCGUGUGGCCCUGGACAUGACAACUCUCACCAUCAUGAGGUACCUUCCCAGAGAGGUGGACCCCCUGGUGUAUAACAUGUCUAUUGAGGACCCAGGUGAAGUGUCCUACUCACAGAUUGGUGGCCUGGCAGAACAGAUCAGACAGCUCAGAGAGGUGAUAGAGCUGCCCCUGCUCAACCCUGAGCUCUUCUUCCGUGUUGGGAUCGAUCCACCAAAGGGAGUCCUGCUGUACGGACCUCCAGGCACAGGAAAAACUCUGCUGGCCAGGGCAGUAGCAAGUCAGCUGGAUUGUAACUUCUUGAAGGUUGUGUCCAGCGCUAUCGUUGACAAGUACAUCGGAGAGAGUGCCCGCCUGAUCCGUGAGAUGUUUGGUUACGCCAAGGACCACCAGCCAUGUAUCAUCUUCAUGGAUGAGAUAGAUGCUAUAGGUGGCAGGCGUUUCUCAGAGGGCACUUCUGCUGACAGAGAGAUUCAGAGAACACUGAUGGAGUUGCUAAACCAGAUGGAUGGUUUUGACCGGUUGGGGAAGGUGAAGAUGAUCAUGGCCACCAACCGCCCCGACACCCUGGACCCCGCCCUGCUCAGGCCAGGCAGACUCGACAGGAAGAUCCAGAUCGACCUCCCAAACGAGCAGGCCAGGAUGGACAUUCUGAAGAUCCACUCUGGACCGAUGACAAAACAUGGAGAAAUAGAUUAUGAAGCAAUAGUGAAGCUGUCUGAUGGCUUCAACGGAGCCGAUCUCAGGAACGUCUGUACUGAAGCAGGAAUGUUUGCCAUCCGGUCAGAACGAGAGUAUGUGAUAGAAGAGGACUUCAUGAAGGCUGUGAGGAAAGUCUGCGAUAACAAGAAACUGGAGUCCAAGCUGGACUACAAGCCUGUAUAGAAGUCAACUAGCAUCCAAUUUCCCAUCUCUCCUGAGUUAGAACUAUAAACUAUGACCAGAGAAUACCCCGUUUGCUCCAUUUGAUUUAGUUCUUUGUACCUAGAAAAUAAUCGUCUUCCCUUGCUAGUUCUUUUUCCAGAGAUAAUAACUCAAAUCUGGCCUUCAAUAAACAUAUAAAAACAUUUUCAGUCUUGUAUCUGUCACCACAUGUACAUGUAUUCAAAAAAUGUGUACUACUGUUAACCAGAUUUAUGAAUAAAGUAGACUAAAAAAAGUUGGUCUUUAGUUAAUUGUGUUCUUCUCAAAGGUGCUUGACGCUAGUAUUUCGCGGGGAAGAGAUUUUUUACUAAUUAACAUUUCUAAGAUACCUAUUGCAAACUCAAUAUCUGAAUUGAUAAGAGAAAUUUUGCUAAAGCCCUCUAAGACAUUUCUUUACUGUAUCUCACUACCAAGAGACAAGAAG